AGUGAGAACAUAAGGAAAGAGAGUUGAAACAAAUAUUUCAAAAGGAAAAUGAAAGGUGAGUUUCUCACAUUGGCUCUAAUAUCUCUACUAUUAGCCUUCUCGUUUGUCUAUGGAGGAGGAGAGUCUGAAAACCCUCAUUCUGCGGCCAGCCCAAGCAGUGAUCCCACCGGAGGAUCCAGCGGGGCAAGCGGUUCGGCUCAUGGACCUAAUUGGGGAUAUGAUUGGGGAUGGGGAUCAACCCCAGAAGGUGGUUAUGGCUAUGGUUCUGGUUCUGGUUCAACACCAGAUGGAAAAGGAAAAGGGACCGGAUUUGGGUUUGGUUCUGGUUCUGGUUCUGGUUCAGGAACUGGGUUUGGGUUUGGUUCAGGAGGAGGAGGGGCCACAGGCGGUGGCUCUGGCCACGGAAGUGGGACUGGACACGCAAGUGAAGCGGCUAGCUCAGGCGGUGGAAAUGGUGGAGCUUCUCCAGGUCGAAGAGAGAGAAGCCAACACCGCUAAAAUUUUAAGCAUUUCUCGUUCAUCUUAACACAAGCAUAGAUACAUAAGACUAGAAAAAGAAAAUGAAUAUUACUAUGGUUGGCACCACAUAUAUAUGUAUACUACAACCUUAAUGCAUAAAUAAGGAUCAAACGAAUAAUUAAGUAGUUGGCCGUUA